AUGAGGUUCCGCAUCUACAAGCGGAAGGUGCUGAUCUUGACGUUCGUGGUGGCCGCCUGCGGCUUCGUCCUCUGGAGCAGCAAUGGGCGACAAAGGAAGAAUGAGGCCCUCGCCCCGCCGCUGCUGGACGCCGAGCCCGUGCGGGGUGCGGGCGCCCGGGCCGGGGACCAUCCUGCCAUAUCCGUGGGCAUCCGCCGGGGCUCCAACGAUUCGGCGGCUCCGCUGGUCGCGGCAGCCCCGCAGCCCGAGGUGGACAACCUGACGCUGCGGUACCGGUCCCUAGUGUACCAACUGAACUUUGACCAGACGUUGAGGAAUGUGGAUAAGGUCAGCUCCUGGGUCCCCCGCGAGCUUGUGCUGGUGGUCCAGGUGCACAACCGGGCCGAAUACCUCAAACUGCUCCUGGACUCACUUCGGAAAGCCCAGGGAAUCGACAACGUCCUCGUCAUCUUUAGCCAUGACUUCUGGUCGACUGAGAUUAAUCAGCUGAUCGCUGGGGUGGAUUUCUGUCCGGUUCUGCAGGUGUUCUUUCCUUUCAGCAUUCAGUUGUACCCUAACGAGUUUCCGGGUACUGACCCCAGAGAUUGCCCUAGAGACCUGGAGAAGAAUGCAGCUUUGAAAAUGGGAUGCAUUAAUGCUGAAUAUCCCGACUCCUUCGGCCAUUACAGAGAGGCCAAGUUCUCCCAAACCAAACACCACUGGUGGUGGAAGCUGCAUUUCGUGUGGGAGAGGGUCAAAGUCCUUCGAGACUAUGCUGGCCUCAUACUUUUCCUAGAGGAGGAUCACUACGUAGCCCCAGACUUUUACCAUGUCUUCAAAAAGAUGUGGAAUUUAAAGCAGCAAGAGUGUCCUGAGUGUGACGUUCUCUCCCUGGGGACCUAUACUACCGUUCGCAGUUUCCGUGACGUUGCUGACAAGGUAGAUGUGAAAACGUGGAAAUCCACGGAGCACAAUAUGGGUCUGGCCUUGACCCGGGAUGCCUAUCAGAAGCUGAUCGAGUGCACAGACACUUUCUGUACUUAUGAUGAUUAUAACUGGGACUGGACACUUCAAUAUUUGACUGUAUCUUGUCUUCCAAAAUUUUGGAAAGUGCUGGUUCCUCAAGUUCCUAGGAUUUUUCAUGCUGGAGACUGUGGUAUGCAUCACAAAAAAACCUGUAGACCAUCCACACAGAGUGCCCAAAUUGAGUCACUCUUAAAUAGUAACAAACAGUACAUGUUUCCAGAAACUUUAACUAUCAGUGAAAAAUUGACAGCAGCCCUUUCCCCACCUAGGAAAAAUGGAGGGUGGGGAGACAUUAGGGACCAUGAACUCUGUAAGAGUUAUAGAAGACUGCAGUAA